AUUAUGUUUAAUCUAUCAGGUGAUCUAUUGUGAAAAUAUAGUUACUUAACCUUAUCAAAAAUAAUAAUUUUGUAAUAGCAAAAGGUAAAAAAAAUAAACAUGAAUGUUCUUGUAAAAUCUCUGAUAUCAAUAGUUAAACCAGUACCUCUACGACGUAUUUCAAUAACUUGUAUAUAUUGUAAAGAUGAUUUUCAAGAUGUAAUUCAUCCAGAAAGCCAAGAACCAAAUAUACCAUUAUAUGUAAAACGUAAUGAAGAAAGUAAAGAUAUAAAAAAAGCUCGAUUAUUGUAUCAAUCUCGCAAACGUGGCAUGUUAGAAAAUGGUCUUCUUUUAAGUACAUUUGCUAAAAAAUAUUUAUGUGAUUUUGAUGAUAAACAACUUCAAUUAUAUGAUCAUCUUAUCAAUUUGCCAACCAACGAUUGGGAUAUAUUUUAUUGGGCUACAGGCGCAAAACCAACUCCACCUGAAUUUGAUAAUGAAGUUAUGGAUUUGUUAAAAAAACAUAUCAAAAAUGAAGACCGUCAAGCAAGAAUAAUGCAACCUGAGUUAUAAGUAUAUAAGUAUAACUUAGUAACUGUACUUAAUAGCUUCAAUUUUCAAUUUAAUCUUAAAAAAUAAAAUUAUGAUAAUAUAAAAAA